CCCUCUCUUGCCCACCCAACACCUCCAUCCUCAACAAAACCAAACAUAUCCAAAGUCGCAAACUCAUCAACCACCAAAGCCCAAUACCAAACCCAAGAAACCAAAACUCUCCCCCUCCAAACGAAAUACAACCCAACCGCCCAAAAUGUCAGCAGACACCCGCCCAAUAUCCCCAACCCACUUCGCCACCGCCCUCCACGACCUCUCCCUGCCAACCCUCCACCUCAAAGCCCUCGAAAUCCGCAACUCCAUCCUCCACCUCGAAUACUCAAACGCCCAACUCGCCCCCUACGCAGCAGGCGACGCCACAACCCUCGACUCCGCCACCGACGCCUCAGCAGGUCACGGCCCGGACCCGACCUGCGUCGAAGCGAUCCGCGAAAACGACGUCGUCAUCGCCCGCAUGCGCGAGCGCGUCCAGAUUAUCCGCGACGAGGUCGAGAGCAGGGGACACUCGUGGAACGAGUUCAAGAGUAAAGAGGAAGUGGAGGAAGAGGAGGCGGAAGCAGCACGAGGAGGAGCGGCGGCGGAUCGAAGGGGGAUCACGAGUGAAUCCGUGGCUGGUGCGAACGGCGUCAAUGGGAACGGGAUUCCAGCGACAAACGGGCUUGGCGCGGCGGCGGCAGAGGAGGAUAGGCUUGCUGCUGGACAUCAGGGCGCGCCGCCGAGUAAUGGCAGUGGUCCUGUCGCGAGCUCGUCACAUCCUGCUUGGAUGGACGGCACAUUCCAGAUGGGCACGAUACGCAACGGUGUGAUCACGAUGGAUGGUCCACCUGCGCAACCUGCUCAGCCAGCUCAGCAAGCAAACGGCACCGGUGGUCGCCUGACAGAUGAGGAACUGCGUCGGGCUAUGGAGGAGCGGAUGAGAGGUCUCGGCGAUGACGACGAGGACGGCGGAAUGCAUCUGUGAGAAUAUGGCAGGAGUGGCUAGAUGACACAAGGGAUUCACUAUCGACGAGGCGUUUGGUCUGGUUCGAGGAAAGAAACCG